CACACACACUGAGUUUUUUCCCUCUAAGCCCUAACAGUGCGUGGAGAGAGUGUAGAAUGAGAUAACAGGGCGGCAGGAAAUCCCUGGGAUUGGUGUCAGGGGGAUGAGUAAGUAUGAGUAGAUUUGGACUUUGGUGUUUGAUGCAGUAUUUCGGAGGAACUUCACUUGCCAGGUCUUUUUUGUAAUAUCUCACAUCUUCUCGGGCAGGGAAGGGACUCCAAUUAUCAUAGUAGAGAUAUAAAAAAUAAUAAUAAAGCGACUCGAAUUACCCAAGUGAGGGUUUCUUUUUAAUAAAACAUUAAAGAAGAUCCAAAAACCUUUCCAGAAGAAGAAGAAGAAGAAGCAGCGCACGAUGGAUGUGUGCAAAGGCAAAUUGCUGGGCAUCUCGGUGGCGAUCGCGCAUGGGGUCUUCUCGGGCUCGCUGAACAUCCUGCUGAAGUUCCUCAUCACCAAGUACCACUUCACGUACCUGACCCUCAUCCAGUUUUUGACGAGCUUCACGGCGGCGCUCACGCUCGAGGUCCUGCGCCGCCUGGGCGCCGUGGACAUCCCGGCGCCGAGCGUGCGCCUGGUGCGCGCGUUCGCCGGCGUGUGCGCGCUCUCCACGCUGCAGUCCACGCUCACGCUGUGGUCGCUGCGCGGACUCAGUCUGCCCAUGUACGUGGUGUUCAAGCGCUGCCUGCCGCUCGUCACGCUCGCCAUCGGCGUGUGCGUGCUGCACGACGGCGCGCCGUCCGUCGGGGUCACCGUGGCUGUGCUCAUCACCACCGGUGGAGCGGCACUGGCGGGUGCGGGAGAUCUCACCGGUGACCCCUUUGGCUACGUGACAGGCAUUUUAGCGGUCAUUAUCCACGCCUCUUACUUAGUACUCAUCCAAAAGACGAGCAUGGACAACGAGUACGGCCCACUGACGGCUCAAUACACUAUCGCCUUGGUGGCAUCGCCUGUGCUGCUCGUCUGCUCCCUCGUGAGCAUGGACGCUAUCGACAUGUGGACCUACGAGGGCUGGAGUAAUCCAUACAUCACGGGAAUCUUCUGCGUCUGCAUCGCAAUUGGCUGCGCCAUGAACUUUACCACGCUGCACUGCACGUACAUUAACUCGGCGGUAACCACCAGCUUUGUGGGCGUAGUAAAGAGCAUUGCUACUAUCACUGUGGGCAUGCUGGCCUUCAGCGAUGUCGAGCCCACCAACCUGUUUAUAGCCGGCGUGGUUGUGAACACCGUCGGUUCCAUAACUUACUGUAUAGUAAAGUAUUUCGAGAUCAAGAAGAAGCUUAACUACCAGGACAUGGACAAAACCGGGAGGGACGAGGAACCACCCGGAGAACCAUACAUUGAACCUCCUUCCAAACCCGACGGAGAUGUAGAGAGUUCAAACGGCUCCCUGACGGAACCGCUGGAGGACAGUGGCCUGGGUCAUGUGUGUGAUAAUAAAGUUGCAGAGUCUAUAGAGUUGCAAACAUCAGCACUGGCACCAGAGAGCGAACCUGGAAACCAGAACUUAAGUGACAAUUUUGUGGGCGUGUGGAGAUCGGUACGCACAUUAAAGUUCCUUAAGAAAGACACCUUACUGGACAAUAUGGAGGUGCAGAGUCCUUGAUGACGGUUAAGAGAGAUGCAUGCUAUGUUAAGACGUUCUCACAGACUGACCGAGUGAGCAAGAGGAAUGUUGCCUUUUAUUAUUCACUAUCUUAAACCUGGAUUUAUGGAGAGCUAGUAUUUUUUUAAAGAACACAUAUGAUCUGUUUGUAUGUUGCCUAAAUCAUAUAUUGCCCGUUUUUAAGAAGUUUCAUGAUGAGUGAUCAGUUCUCUCAGUGUCUUACAUGGCAGUUGACUGAUUCACAUAUAAGGAGUGUUUCAUAAAAAAAAAAAAGGAAGAAUACAUUUACGCUAGUUUUACACCAGAUGUUCAAACAGGCGUCACUGUUCAGUCAAGACAUGUUUGGUGUCUGAAAGUUUGUUUGGCAAAUGUUGCUAUUAAUAUGCUAGUAGCUAGCGUCUAGCUAGUGAAUCCUGUCAUCGAUUAGCAUGACUCAGCUCCAUGGUGUAAAAACUGUGCCAAAAAAACACUUUUCUCGUUCAUAUAACUUCUGUUUAAAUUGAAAUUCAGAUGCACUGAUAUUUUGCUUAUUCGCUCUUAGAAAAGUUUAUUUUUUAACUGAUCUUUAAGACUUUACCGGAUUAUUAAGGAUUCAUAGCUUUCAACAAGGCUAAAAAGCUAAACACUGUUUUAAGGAAACCUUUAAGGGUUUCCAAAGCGACACGAAGGGGGAAAAAAAGCUUCUACAUUUUCUAAACAGUGAAAUAUUCAUACAUUUCAUUUCAGACAGUUUAAAUAAUGUAAUACACUUUCACCAUCAUCCCACCGAAACUAAUUCACCAAUUCACCAAUACAAAAACUGACCAUUUUGACCAUUUUCAGCCAAAAGGUCACUGCAUCUGUCUCUCUUCCAAGGACUUCAUACAACAACUGAACAUCUGUGCAAAACUCUACUGUUUUUAUCAAAAUCUAGGGUUUAUCAAAAGUUGCUCUUUUGCCAUUUGGAAUAGUUUUAGAUAGUUUAGAUAUUUUAAAAACGUUUUUCAAUUAUGCAAGAUUACUUAUUACAAUCGUUUUUGUUUUUUUCUCAGUGCAUCAAUAACAUUUUGCCAUCAUUUCAAAAUCCCAAAUUGUCAAGGAGGAAUUAAAGCAAUUAACUGAAAGUGUACAGUUUUACAUUGCGAUUUUACAUUUAAAAAUGUAAAUACAGAUGAAUUUUAGCAAGUAAAUCAUCAAAAAUCAUAAAUUUUAAGUAAAAAUUUGAUUUGAACAUGAACUGGUGUCCCACUCAGGAUGUUAUUCCUGCGAUAGACUCUGGAUUUCCAUUAAAUCCUGAAUGAGGAUACUGAAUGUGAACAUUAAUAUAAAAUCUCAACUCUACUAAAUCAAACUGCACACCUCAAACAUGUCUUGGCUACGUUUAAGGUUAAAGAUAAAAAAAAAAAAAAAAACGGGAAAUCAAAAAGGAUUACACAAAUAAUAAUUGAGAUUUUUCUGGAAAUCAAAUCAGAAUUUGUGAAUCUGAUUUCCUGUCCAUUUUAAGCGUUUAUUUGUAUUUCCUGCACGUGUCGACUCUCCCGGUCUGGAUUCUGUUCGAGUUGAAAAAAUGUGAUGGAAAAAAAUGAAUAAAAAUGAAGCCAUGGCCAUUAUUUGCAUGUGUUGUGUAAAAAUAAUCUGAAACACAUUUUAUAUGGAAAGCUCGUCACCUCUAAUGAUUAAACAUUGUUCAGAGAUCUCUGCCAGCUCGCCCUGCUAACACUGAUGUUGAUGAAUAGUUCUGAAUUACAAACAGAAGACUGAGAUAGGGGUCACUGAACAUAAAAACAAUCUGGAUUCACUAUGAAAGAUCUGCUCGGGGGGAAAGAAGACAUUCCUUUAUCCUUUAUGUUGAAGUCUGUAUCAUUAGAGAAUGUAUUACCUCAGUUUAUAUAGUUGAGGGGGGUUCGGGUUGAGGGGAUGCGACCACCUGAACACUGCGAUUAUUUUACUAUCUCUGACUCAUACCAGUGUGCUCUGUUUAAAGGGAUGUCUUGGUGAUUGUAUGAAUGGGAAUGGGAGUUCCCAGACUCUUUAACCGCUUAAUGAAACACAGAUGGUUUCACUCUUUAACCUUUUUACCCUUAUAAUAUUGGCUUAUUGGGAUUUUGGGGCAGUCGACAAUGAGUCUUUGAGGGUUUGUGAAUGUAUGCAAGCAAAGGGGUUACACUUCCCCUUAUCACUCACCCAAAGUGUCAAAAAAAAAAAUCUAAACGCAAACACUGAAAGGCAAAAGUUAUUUCCAACCUUAUUUCAGACGUGUUGUCUCUGUGUUUAACAUUCUGGAUUAGAGGAAUUCUCCAGUUAUUUCAAUCUCGCUCUAAUCCACUGUAUGUAUGACACAUUAUCACAUUCCCAGGUACUUUGAAAAUAAAACAAGAACCCUGUUUAUUAAAAGUGCACUCAUAACUGAAGUCUAAGGGCAGUUAUUGAAGAGUCAGUAAAUGUUAAUGUGGAACUAAUUGCA